GCUCACAUACUACUCAACUGGCUUUAUAUCGUGCAUAUAACCGCGUGGUCUUUACAUAGUAGGGAAGGUACAGAAAAGAAACAUGGGGCUUCGCUUCAUGGUUGCAGUUUUCGUGGCACUGGUGGCACUUACAGGGCGAGUGACGCUUGCCGAUGCACCCACAAAUGUCAGUUUGCCGGAUCUAGCAAACAGCUUCUGGUCCGCGAACGGUUUGAAGCUGCCAACAAAGGAGCUCGUGGACGCGGUUAAUAAGGCGAAGCUUCCCGUGCUGGACUCCUUUGGUCACAAGCGGGAAAUCGUCUUAAUGUCCAUCGCCAGCGAAUACGCGUUUCAGAAGAUGUUCGACAUCUUUUUAACGUCCUUGCAAAACAUCACAUUCCCCAGGAAGGACGGGUCACAGGACAACUUGGCAAAGCAUUUGGUCAUAAACGUGAUGACCUCGGGGACCAUCGAGAAAUGCACCAAUGUGGCAAAUAAGUACGGGUCGUACUGCGUUUCGUUUGCAAAUGAUAAGUUCACAAUGGGCAAUAUGCAUGUGUUUUCUAAUGACUUUUAUGGCAUUGGUUUCACGAAAACGGGCACUAUAUUGGAUGGCUUGACGUUGGGUGUCGAUGUCCUCUUCUUGGAUGCCGACCAGGUGUUUUUCAAGAACCCGCUACCAUACCUGCUGGCGCGUGAGGCGGACAUCCUUGUGUCGGGUGACUGCCACAACCACGGCGACUCCACGCCCAUGGAGCGGUUGCCGCCCAUCAACAACAACAUCGGCUUUGUGUACUUCAGGCCGACGGCUAUGGUGACGCGCGCAGUGUAUAACUGGGCAAUGUGGCUUGCUAACAUCGCCCGUAGCGGCGGGAAACCAUGGGACCAGACUACUUUCGCGGGUGCCAUUGAAUGGGUGUCCGGCGAGGUGUCUGUGCGGCAUAUGUCCAUGGCCAUGCUCCACCCCGACCUGUUUCCAUAUCUGUGCAUGGGGCACUGCGGAUGCGACCUCCGCGGAGUGCCGUAUUUUCACAAUGGCAAACUACCGCCCAAGCGUAGUGAUGGGACAUGUGAACCAGAGCUGAUGAAGGAGUGGUACAACUACCACAUGCCGUGCGCGGGCGACAUGAACUUCAAGGGGCAGCUGAUGCAGGACUACGCCGAUAUGUACAUGAAGGUGGUCGGCCCCAUCAACAGCAAGUCGGCGCCCAUGCAAGUGCUUGCUUAACAAGCCUCGAUCAAAACUUGCACUGCGGGGCAAGCAGCAGCUAGGUCUGCAAUGUGAUCAUGCCCAGUGGAAGGCAUGUUAGGCUGGGGGUUGGGAAGCGGAAGAGGGAACAAGAGAUGGCGCCGGCUACCGUGAGGGCGGAACCAGGUUGUGAAUGGUGACAAUGUACAAAAGGAAGCGAGCAUUACGCGACCUGGUGUGCAUCCGCGUCGUCUGUGCUUGUUGUCCGGGUAAGGAAGAGAGCGGAAGAGAUGCGUGGCGUCGUCAGCGUAUGACUCCUUGUAGGAAUGCCGGUGAGCAUGGGACGACUCCGAGGCGUGAUAUUGCACACGGGGUCUGCAAUGUGAUGGAUGCUACUACAGUAACUGGGCGGGAGCGGUAAAGUGGCAUACAAUGUUGAGAGUGUGGGGUAUCUGUUGCGGCUUCUGUUAUUUGGUCUGUGUGCUUAGCAGGCUGCGUGUUACAACCCCCAGCCUGCAGGGGGUCUGGACCUACGUUCCGUGGUGUCGGAGGCGCACAGGCCACCGCACGGGCAUGUGUGCACGCGCUGUUGUGUCACGCUGGCACGCACAUGUGUGCACGUAUGUACACUACGGUAACCGCCGUGCA